CGGAACUGGGGGAGCACUGGGCUGAACUGGGAGCGCACUGGGCGGCACUGGUUCCGGGGCGGCCGCGGCCUAUUUCCGAACCCGCUCCUGCGGCGGCGCCCGCGUUGCCCUUAGCGACGGUCACUUCCGGCACGAGGCUCCCGUCACGCGGUCCAAGAUGGCGGCCGGAAGUGCGCGCGUCACGUGGUGUAGCGCAGGCGUUCCCCCCCCAAGAUGGCGGCGGCGGCAGAGCCGGUGCUGCGGGUGGUGGCGGAGUGCGCGCAGAGCCGCGCGCGGGCGGGAGAGCUGCGGCUGCCGCACGGCACCGUGCCCUGCCCCGUGUUCAUGCCCGUGGGCACCGCCGGCACCGCCAAAGGCAUCACCGCCGCCCAGCUCGAAGCGCUCGGCUGCGGCCUCUGCCUCGGCAACACCUUCCACCUCGGGGCGAGGCCGGGCGCAGAGCUGGUGCGGCGCGCGGGGGGGCUCCACCGGUUCAUGGAUUGGCCCCACAACCUCCUGACGGACAGCGGAGGGUUCCAGAUGGUGUCUCUGGCGGCGCUGGCGGAGGUGUCGGAAGUUGGGGUGCGUUUCCGCACGCCGUGGGGCGACGAUGAGGUACUGCUCACGCCCGAGCGCUCCAUCGCCAUUCAGAACGCGUUGGGCGCUGACAUUGUGAUGCAACUCGACGACGUCGUCAGCAGCACCGAAACCGGACCCCGCGUCGAGGAGGCCAUGAUGCGGUCUGUGCGGUGGUUGGAUCGCUCGGUGGCCGCUCACUCUCUGCCGCAGCGUCAGCGCCUCUUCGCCAUCAUUCAGGGCGGCCUCGACCCCGACCUGCGCCGGCGCUGCAUCCGAGAGAUGACCCAAAGGGCCGUGUGCGGUUUUGCCAUCGGGGGUCUCAGUGGGGGAGAGGAGAAGAGCGCCUUCUGGCGGGCGGUGAAGUGCAGCGCCGAACUGCUGCCCCCCAACAAACCCCGAUACCUCAUGGGCGUCGGUUACCCCACGGAUCUGGUGGUGUGUGUGGCUCUGGGCUGUGACAUGUUCGACUGCGUCUUCCCCACACGCACAGCGGUGAGAAACCACCGCCGGUGGGGCAGAUGUGGGGCAGAUCGCUUCGGCUCCGCACUCGUCCCUGAGGGAUCCCUGCAGCUCAAGAACCGGCGCUUCGCAAAGGAUUUCCGCCCCAUAGACGAGCGCUGCUCCUGCCCCACAUGUCAGAGGCACAGUCGCGCUUUCCUCCACGCACUGCUGCGAACCGAGACGGCGGCGCUGCACCACAUCAGCCUCCACAACAUCGCCUACCAGCUGGGGCUGAUGGCCGCCAUUCGCCGCAGCAUCGUGGAGCGCCGCUUCCCGUCGUUCGUUCGGGGGUUCCUGCGGGAGCGGUACGGGGGGACCCCGGGGGGGACCCCGGAAUGGGUGCGCGAUGCCCUCCGCUCGGUAGGCAUCGAAGUGGAGUAACGGGGGGGGACACCCCAAAACCCAGUGGAGAAACCGCCCCCAGAACCCCAAAAAACCUGAGGGGAAUCUGUGGGCACUCAAAAAAAUGGGGACCCCCCCGAACCCCAAAGGGGG